AUUAGGCUCUACUGGGCGCCUGUACCGUUUGAGGAACUCAUUUGGCCCUUUGUUCAGCGAAGUUGGUAUUACUAGGAUCAAUUGUGUCCAAAAUUGAGAUCUCUUGCCCGACGGCACGGCGCUCCUAUUCAAUGACUAUUCGGAAGCAGCGGUCCUAGCGUUACCAGCUCACCGACAACGACUCCUUUCACCAUUGUUGACUGCGAGGAUACUUCAUAUGGCCUGACUCCGUCUUCAGGCUCGAAGGCGCUCUAUCUUCCACCAAUUUAUUGAAUUUUCUGCGGCCCCUGAUUCUCCCCGUUCCAUCCAAUUAUUCUCCAUCCUACUUUCCGUAAGUCUUCGGCGCGUUUACUCGGCAACCCCCUGUCUUGAACAUUGUGUUCAGCGCCCACAUAGAGCACCUUUAAGCCUAUUCUCACUCCGGGCUCUCUUUCACGUCCGCCCUCUCACCCUCGUGUUUCCCAGAGGAUGUCAAAUUCCCAACGAGGGGAUGGGGACGGAUACCAUCCUCCAGUUGAAAUUUACGGAGCUGGAGAUGGUGGAAGCUACUCGUACGAAGAAGCUGCGUCUUCCAGCGCUCAGCACGGUACUAGUCACUUAACGCUUCCUUCUAUACGAAGCUUGGACCUUGCCCUGUCGCACACUCAGCAAUUGCCUGCAGAUCCAUCUCAACAUGGUGACCCGUCUCCUGCUCGUUCAUACCCGACUGAAACGAAUCUUGCAAGUGGUUAUUCCCGCCCAGUGAGGCAGGAGAGUGAGUUGGAGGUGUAUGGCGCCGGCCAUACCCAGCGAAUUCUGCAAGGACAAGAUGUUGCCCAGCAUCACCUCGAUCGUGAUGGGCGACCGAUAGAUUAUCGUUCUUUCACUCAGGCCGGCAGAUCCGAGUCCCCUUUACCGUCCGUUGUCACCUCUUAUGACACGUACGAAGAUGGAAAUACACAGCGUCGCGUCAGUCAAGAGCAAACUCAGCGCUACGAUCAUCGAACAACCGUCCAAACUAUCACCCAGGUAUAUCAAACCACCUACCCUCCCUCCCAUUUGUCCUAUCCCUAUCAGCUCCCUAGCGAAGCUUUGCAGAGCGCCCAUCGGGUUCCUGCAAGCGCCUCCUACGUCACCCCAAUGUACCACCAUAUCGGCACGACAGGCGCGCAAUACCACGCCCCUCCUUCAUACCGGCAGCAACCCACUUCGAUUCGACCAAGACAAAUGUCGUCACACGUGCAAGCGGCCGCGACUUCGGGUACGGCGGCAGAUGCUCUGUCAGCCGCUGAACUACGAACCCAAUCAACUGAGCAAUAUCGGAACUUGAGUCAUGACGCGCUUCCAAACACCCCACGACUGUUAGCUUCUAGCUCCUCGGAGGCAGCGGGGCCUAGCCGGCCUUAUAUCCAUAGAGAUUUGCAACAUAGUCGACCUCUGUCCACAAGUACUCGCCAACCCUCCAUAGACAAGCGACCUCCGCGGCCAUCGAUCAGUAAACCCCCCCGUGCAUUAUUGAGCGACGUUGCCCAGCUAGGGAAUUCUAUAGUUGAGAUAAUUGAGCAUUGCACUGCUCUAAGCACAUUCGCACGUCAUUAUGGUACGCCCUUUGAUGACGGAUCUUUCAAUUGCAAUCACUAACCCCUCCCUUCAUUCAGCUG